GAAGGAAAGAGUUCUGAACAGUUCUGAAGAAAGGAAAGGCACUCAAUGAACGUUUGAGAGAGCUGGUCUGCCGCAGGAAACGAAACCGGACGGACAGAAUAUAUUAUUGCCUGCAAUGAGUCUGAAAUUCAAGCAAUACUACAGCUAAAUGAAGCUGUGUAAGUUCUUCAGAUGACCAUCUCGUCUCCAAGGGUGGAGGGAAACUCUGAAAAGGAAAACAUAGAUGAUAGAAGGGACCAAGAUCUGCUCUGCGAGGAUCUUCAGUCCAUCUUGGUUUAAGCAGGGAACCUCCCUGACCGUUUUGUUUAGACAGAGAGGAAUUCUUACGAGGUUUUACGCCAUUUUUUGAACUGGUGCUUACCUUCUCAGAGGUAAAAAAAUAUGUGUCAUGUUAUUGUAACAUGCCGCUCCCUGCUGUGGACCCUGCUCAGUAUCAUAGUAGCCUUUGUGGAGCUUGUCGCCUUCAUGAGCCCCGACUGGCUUCUGGGACACCCAAAGUCGGAGCCAGAUGUAAACAAGGGAGAAUUGGAUGUAAGGGGGUACCGGUCAUCUCUUGGCCUCUACAGCCGCUGCCUUCCCAUCGGGGCCUAUGGAGUUGGGGUCAGCUGUGGGCCGUACACAGACACAUUUGAGGAAGUGGCCAGUAAAUUCUGGCAGGCCGCCAUGUUGUUUCUGGCUGCUGGGACACUGGUGCUCGGGUGUGUCGCUUGCAUCUCCAUCUUCACGUUGUGUUUUCAAAGCAUCAAGAAGAAGAGCCUAUUCAAUAUCUGUGGACUGCUCCAGGCUAUUGGAGGCCUGCUGCUCAUAGUUGGCCUGAUGCUGUACCCUGCAGGCUGGGGUUCGGAAAAGGUGAUGCAGUUCUGUGGAAAGGAGGCCUCGCCCUUCAGGCCUGCCCUGUGCUCACUUGGCUGGGCCUUCUACGCAGCGAUAGGAGGAACGCUUGCAACUUUUCUUUGCUCUGUCUUGUCUGCACAGGCCGAGAUCGCCACAUCCAGCGAUAAGGUUCAGGAGGAGAUCGAGGAGGGGAAAAGCCUUAUCUGUCUGUUUUGAGCCUUAAAGAAAUGUCCAGGAAGAGCAGGAAAUCACCUUUGGCGGAAUUUUCAGGGUGUGCACACUUGUAGAUAUGAAUGGAAGGAAGAGAAGGACUUCCCUCAGGGUUUUCCCAUUCUGGAUAAAAGAGUGUUACAAAAAAAAAAAAAAGCUUGUGAUAUUAAGUAGAAAAAUUUCUAUUUUUCUAUCAAUAUUAUGUGACAUUUCUAAAAUUGUUAUAGAUCAGGAGGUUACACAUUCAUUUUUUUGUACAAAUUUAUUUUUGUUGUCAUUUUACAAUCCUUAAAAAAUGAAAAGUAGAUUAAAGAAAUAAGUUGUGGAUAUGUCACUUAUGUAUAAGUAGCAUUGCUUGUAUUAUGGAUGUUUGCAAGAUUUCAAUCAACACGACCACCACAAAACAAGCUACAGAAAUUAAAAAGACUUCUGAAUGGUUUUCAAAAAUGUUUUUGGAAGAGUGAGCAAAAUUCCAGAUAUUUUCAACCAGCAAACCACUAGCAGAUUCUUAUUAAUGCUAUUUGCCAAAAAACAUAUUUUGCUGAAAUUACAUUUCUUGAACCAGGAAUCUUACAUCGAGAUUCAUGAUAACUUUUGCCCUAGAGUACUGUUUUAGAUAAGCACCAGAAAUAAUCUUGUUAUAAUAUUUCAAUCGCUAUGUUUUUUUUUUUUUUUUACAUUUUUUGUCCUAACUUUGCUGCACAAAAGCUGAGAUUUGAGUUUUCUUUAUUAAUUGGUUAUGUGUGACUGGGUUUGAGAAUGAAACCUGUCGAAUAAGCUUUACUGGCCACACAUUUUAUUGUUCCAGUUCCCAUUAUGUGAUUUUUGCUUCUAUUGAUUUUGCUUUUGAUGCAUACAUUUCUAGGUUUGCUCACAUUUCAGUGUUACUUCGUCAAGGUGGAUAUCUAUUUCAUAUCUUUGCUUUUUCAUAGUAUUUCUGUUCCAUACAGCACCUUUGGCAGCAUUUUGCACUUAAAUUUAACUCUUUUAAAGCAGCAUAAUUUUUUUUAGAGAAUAUUUUUCCAUAAUUCAUGCUCCAAGCUUGACUGCAACUGUUAUAAUUCAAGUUUUCUGUGCUUUUCUUCAUUAAUAAUUUGUGUCUUAUGUGCAAUAAUACACUUAAUUAUUUUGCUGACUGAUGGGAAUGAUUGAAACUACAAGGGAAAUGAAUUUGCUUCAAGGAGGAUUAUCUAGUGUUUCUUAAAGUAUAUUUUUGUUACAUUAACAAAUGAACAGCAGCACAUGUGAUGCAUGCUUAUAUUGCUCAUAAUAAUAAAACUUUAUUUAAAAGGUGACAGUGCAUAGCUCAAACAUUAAUGCCAUUUGAUGCAAUUUUUUCAGAUUAUAGCAUAUGAUACAUCCCUGUCUUAAAAAGAGAUAAAUAAAACAACAGAACAAAACAUAAUCUCUAUUUACAUCACACAAUAGGUAACAUAAACAAGAACACACACACACACAAGUUUGUAUUUGUAUGCAUAAUAAGACUUCACUUUGACUUAUAUUCAUUGAAGUUACUACAUUUGUACCUAAGCCUGACAUGUACCCUAAGCCUAACCUUUACCAGUACAUUUCUUUAACCCAAAGUUAAUUUUCACCAUUCCAUUAAAUUGACUCCCUAAGAUUAAAAUUGGGUGGGGGGCGCAUCACAUUAGAACUAGCCUCUGGUCCCAACAAGGCCCGUUGGUCCUCAGGAAGGUCAUAAGCUUACCCAAAAACAAUCCUAAACAGGUAUUACAAGCAACUACCCAUACUCCAAAUACUCCACCCUGAACCCCAUUUUACACUUUUGCCCUAAACCGAACGUCUUUCAUAUCAGUUCAUGCAAACCAGCAAAAUUUUCUCACUUAUACAACAGCAGGUCCUCAAUUUGAUGCUGAAAUUGGAAAAAUGGUCCUCACUGUAUGCGUGUCUGCAUAUAGUCAAUGAUGACAGUUUUUAGAUGGGAUAAAAAAAAAUGCAGCAUGCUGGAUGACAGUACGGUAGAAUUGUAGGAUCUCUGACAGCUCUGGUACAAGACAGACUGCUACAGAAGAUCUACAAAGACCUGCUUACUGCUAUUACUAUAUGAAACAACACAUUGAAAAAACUUAACUAUGAGUUACGACAUCAUUUGAUUUACCUUUGGGAUCAUAAAGUAUUUCUGAACUGAAAUGUAACUGUUUGAAUCAACUUCAAAGGAUAAAUAUAGACAAAAUCAGAUAGUAGUGGAGGGACCAGAGUGUUUACUAUUUUAUAAAAGAUACAGAUUUAAAAUAUUUACAAGUUUCAAAGCUCAAAAAAUUAAUUUUUUUCUGAUACAAGUGAUUACAGUACAAUGUUUUUUUUCAAGCAGUAUAAGAGUCUAUUUGGACCAACACAAAUAGCCGUCACCUGUUUCUCCAACAGAUGACACAGAAUAUUGGAAAGUAAAGUGCAUGCAUGAAUGUCUUAGCUAAACUUUCUAUUAUGUUUAAAGUUUAUAAUAAAGGUUGAACUCAGUAAUAAACUUAACAAGCAUCUUGAAAUUUUAGUUUGAAUCCAGGUUCACCCCAAAAUAUUUUACCUCAGUGACUAAAGCAGUUAUGAGACUGAUAAAUAGAAAGGGAUCAAUUAUGUAAAAUUAAUUUCUUGUCUUCUGCAAAAUAAAAAUUGUGUAUAAACUGCAGUUUGACAUGUACUCGGAAGUUUCUGAGGAGACACUGACACCUAGUGACAAAGGAUUGUUGCACAGGACUGCAAGGGUCCUACACGUUUAUGUUAAAAUUUCAAGCUGUUUUUUAAAAGCACUAAGACAGACGUUACUUAUGCACUUAAUACAGAUUUCAAAAUCCAUAUUUUAUAUGAGUCUGUUUGCAGCGGUGUGCGUUUGGACGUCUUUCACUGAUAUUAUUUGAAAUAACCUUUAAUUUUAACAGCAGCAUGGCAAAUAUGCAAAAGGUACACAGUGAUUUGUUUUUUUAGAUUUUGUGUCCAAGUUUUGAAUCUUGUUAAACUUGAAACUGCUUUUUUUUUUUUUGUUCAACGAUGUUGAGGAAAAAUAAAUGUCCACAUGUAAAUAAACAUUUAGGAAUACACAACUUUUUCAUGAAGGAAAUUCUGCAGUAAAUAUAAAGAAAUUAUUUACAUUCAAUUCAGUUUAUUUACAUAGUGCUAAUUCAAAUCACAUCAUCUCAUGACACUUUAUAGACACGAUUCAUUCAGAUCAUACAGUCAGAUUAGUUAAAGAUUUUCUAAUGAAACCAAUUGAGUUAGUGGCUUUACAGAAUUCAUUCCUCUCUGAUGAGCAGCAGGCAACAGUAGAUUUUUACUUUCAUUAUUCCAUUGACUCUAGAACAGUCACUCCCACCGAGCAUGCAUGCAGUGACAGUGAUGAGCAAGAACUCCCUUUUAACAGAAAGAAACCUCCAGCAGAACCAGGUACAGUGCAAACUG